UUUUAAAUGUUUUGUAGAAAAAAGAUGCGCAGAAAUUAUAAUAUCUUCUAAAACAUCUGGUUAAAAAGGUCCUCUGGUGGGCAUAGAAGCUUAGAUAACAUAGAGAGUGAGUGAGUGUCAGAGAGAGAGAGAAACAGAGAUGGAUCACGAAGCAGAUGCGUACCGUACGGAUUUGAUGACGAUCACGAGAUUCGUGCUGAAUGAGCAAUCAAAGUACCCAGAGUCUCGCGGGGAUUUCACGAUUUUGCUCAGCAACAUCGUUUUGGGUUGCAAAUUCGUCUGCAGUGCCGUCAACAAGGCUGGUUUGGCCAAGCUUAUUGGACUUGCCGGGGAGACAAAUAUCCAGGGUGAAGAGCAAAAGAAACUGGAUGUGCUGUCUAACGAUGUUUUUAUCAAAGCUUUGGUUAGCAGUGGCAGAACUUCUGUUCUUGUCUCGGAAGAAGAUGAGGAAGCUACGUUUGUGGAAUCAUCCAAGCGUGGAAAGUACUGUGUUGUUUUUGAUCCACUUGAUGGAUCCUCAAACAUUGACUGUGGUGUCUCCAUUGGAACAAUCUUUGGAAUUUACACGAUGAACCACAGUGAUGAGCCAAGUACCGAGGAUGUUUUGAAACCUGGGAAUGAAAUGGUUGCAGCGGGUUACUGUAUGUACGGAAGCUCCUGCAUGCUUGUGUUGAGCACUGGAACAGGUGUCCACGGAUUUACCCUGGACCCAUCUCUAGGAGAGUUCAUAUUAACUCACCCAGACAUUAAGAUUCCAAAUAAGGGAAACAUCUACUCAGUGAAUGAAGGCAAUGCUCAGAACUGGGAUGGUCCAACCACAAAGUAUGUAGAGAGAUGCAAGUAUCCCAAAGACGGUUCUCCCGCAAAAUCUCUGAGAUACGUCGGAAGUAUGGUAGCCGAUGUUCAUCGCACGCUGCUAUAUGGAGGAAUCUUCUUGUACCCGGCUGACAAGAAAAGCCCCAAUGGGAAAUUGCGUGUCCUGUAUGAAGUCUUCCCAAUGGCGUUCUUGAUGGAGCAAGCUGGAGGUCAGGCCUUCACUGGCAAGAAAAGGGCACUGGACCUUGUCCCGGAGAAGAUCCAUGAGCGUUCUCCGAUAUUUCUUGGUAGCUACGAUGAUGUAGAGGAGAUUAAGGCUCUGUAUGCUGCGGAGGAGAAGAACUAAGCUUUCCAUUGUAAUAUCGUAUUUCUAUACCUUCUUCUGUUGAGACAAACCAUUUGACUCGACUCGUGUAUGCCAAGAAGACUGGUUGAAAAAAAUAAAAUAAAAAAUAUAUAUAACUUCUUUCGAUAAA